GGAUGCAUGUCACCUACUUUCCAUCAUAAACACUCAGACAUCGCUCACAUAAUAGACGUGCUGUUCUUUUCUCAUUUAAAGAAUACAACAUGCCUGACAAAAAAGUUUUUACUCAACGCAUGUUAUGCUGGAGAUUGGGUUUGGCUGCCCUUGAAGGAUGUCAUCUAGAAUCUGAUCUCGUCUGAGUGAAGCAAUUCAAACAUCAUGACUGAUGAGAAUGCAUCUGGUGCUUAUGACUAUGAAUAUGAUCCUGAUUAUGAAGACCAGAUCUGCAAUAAAGAAGAUGUGCUGAAGGUCGGAUCCAUUCUCAUCCCCAUCUUUUUCACACUAGUGGUUGUGUUGAGUUGUAUCGGUAACAUUCUGGUUCUCAUCGUCCUGGCGCUUUACGAGAGCCUCAGAUCCCUCACCAACGUCCUCAUUCUCAACUUAGCUCUGUCAGAUCUGCUCUUCACUUUCGGACUUCCAUUCUGGGCGUCAUACUACAUCUGGGGUUGGACGUUUGGAGAUGCCGGCUGCAAAGCUGUGAAGUUUGUGUUCUACGCUGGAUUUUAUAGCAGCGUGUUGUUCUUAACUCUAAUGACCGUUCAGCGUUACAUGGCAGUGGUUCAUCCUCUCUCGGACUGGGAGAGAUGCAGAGGAUUUUCAAUCGCUCCCAUCAUCAUCGUAUGGAUGCUGAGCGGAGCGGGCGCACUGUUAGGGUCACAUCGUAGCAAAGUUAUACAAGAAUCACCUAAAAACACAUAUUGUGAAUACGACAGCAUUCAAGUGAAGCUUUGCAUUGUUUAUCUUCAAAAUGGCAUUUUCUUCAUUGCGUUUCUCAUCAUGGGCUUUAGCUAUAUAAAAAUGCGUCAGAUGAUGAUCAAACUACAGACCAAAAGGAAACACAAGACCGUUAGACUAAUAUUCUACAUUUCGUCUGUGUUUUUUAUCGGUUGGGCUCCGUACAACAUUGUUAUGUUCCUCAGAUCUUUGACGGAUCUUGGUUUAUACCCGUUUACAGACUGUCACGUGAGCAUUAACCUGGAGUAUGCGUUUUAUGUUUGCAGACUGUUAGCUUUCUCACACUGUUGCAUGAACCCGGCGUUUUAUAUUUUUGUAGAUGGUAAGUUUCAGAAUCAUUCAAGAGAAAUUCUGAAGAGAAUUUUUCAUAAGUAGCUGAAUAAUGCGUCCUUUUCGCAUCACUGUACGCAUGAACCCAUACAGAAAUAUGAAUAUGUGCAUAUAUCAAAUGGUUGUAUGGUAACUUUAAAGGUGCUGUGUGUACUUUUGUGGAGGAUCUUUUGACAAAAAUGUAAUGUAAUAUACAUAACUGUCUUCAUAGGUGUAUAAAGACCUAAUGAAGUGCUGUUUUUAUUAUCUUAAAAUGAGCUAUUUCUAUCUGCAUACACCGCGGGACCCCUUGCAUGGAAUUCGCCAUGUUGUUUCUACAGUAGCCCUAAACUGACAAAGAGAGCGCGUAUUGUAAAUACGUUAUCUCCUUUGGCAAAGAAGUGAAAACGUGACGUCAUUUUAGUGCUGUGUCAGCCGCCAUAGUGCUUCGAAAGGAAGGGGUGGGGUGAGACGAUGAUUGCAAUUCGCAACCUCACCCCUAGAUGCCGCUAAAUUUAACACAUUGGAGCUUAAACUGUGUAAAAUAUACACAAUUGCGUACACCCUGUUAUUCAGAAUAAUACAGUUUUGUUCAAACACUCUAAAAACAGCAAGGAAGUUUCAAGUUCAGACACUUUCUAGGUUAAUUUAACCCAACCAUUGGGUUGAAACAAUGGAUUUGCUGAAGCAGCACUUAAACAAGUGCAAUCAAGAGCAAUUCCCUACUGUACAUUUACUGUAAAAUAAACCACAUUGACUGUAGAUGGAAUAUUCAAGCUAUGCUGUUAUGUUGCAGCGGAAAAAUGCAAGUGUGCUUAUUUUGACUGGAAAGUGACAUUUUCUUCUUUCAAGUGACAAAUGUCUUUCUGUGUGGUCUCUGUGGACGGAUGCAUGACAUCAAUGACCUAUAUAAACAGGAAAAGAGAUGUUAAAACGUACCAAUUUACCUUUCAAGCGAAACAUUUAACAUCAAGUCUGCAACGUUUUAAAUAAAAAGAAUAUUAUGAACCCUGUUACAAACAGACGGUUGUUGAAGUCUA